ACAACAACAACAACAACAACAACAACAACAAAGCCUUUUGUCCCAAACACGUUGGGUAGGCCCCUCAGCAAUUCAAAAUAUGGUUCAAAAAAGAAAAGAAGAUUGCAGAACAGAUAACUCUUGCAUGACCCCUCUUGUGUAGACCCAAGUCUGACUUGUUCUGGAACAGUUUUGUUGAAUACUGGACGCAAUUCAGUUCAGUGAGUCAUGCAUGAGCUAAUGCUGUUUGUUUCACCGAGUCAACAGGUUUAUUCUUUUCUCUGUAUAUUCUUGGCUCGGUUUGUUCUUUCCUCUGGCCCACCCAUCUGGGUGUCUCUGAUCCUUUUAAAAAAAAUUGAUGCAGGAUGAAUCGAAGGGACUAAAUAACUUGGAAUCAUUGACGCUGCACUGCUGAGCGCGUUCAGGAGUAAUAUAUAUAGGAACGAAAGUUACCGAGAAACUGGAAGAUCCUAAACUGUUGCCAGGACAUGGACAUCAUGCAUGGGGAUCUCAGAAGGAAUGGUUCAAACCAGAGCGUGCCCAGUCGGCAUGGAUGGAUCGAUAUGGAGGCCCUCUCUCCUCUGGCGGAUCAAUCCAUCAUGCCGGGGGAGUGGUCCGUGGGGCUCUGCGACUGCUUCGGGGAUCUUCACACCUGUUGCCUGACGCUCUGGUGCCCCUGCGUCACGUUCGGCCGCACCGCGGAGAUCGUGGACAGAGGCUCCACGUCGUGCUGCAUGAGUGGCACACUGUACUACCUGCUGUCGACGAUAGGCUGGCAGUGGCUGUACGGCUGCGCCAAGCGCUCCUCCAUGCGGUCGCAGUACAGCCUGCGAGAGUCCCCCUGCAUGGACUGCUGCGUCCACUUCUGGUGCGGCCCCUGCGCGCUCUGCCAGGAGUACACGGAGCUCCAGAAACGCGGCUUCCACAUGGCCAAAGGUAUCAGCUCCCCCCCCCAUCUUCCCACAGUUUAA